CUUCAGCUUUGGCGGCGCCUGGUAGCAGAACCCAACCAGCCGGAGAGAAACGGAGCCGCUCACGGUCAACACGGCUUCUCUCAGAUGAGGACUAAACAGGGUUACGGGAACCGGAGAGAAGAAGAAGAGUACACCGUGUCUUUAAACCGGCUCCGUGUGAAAAGUUCAAGCGAGCAGCACUGCGUAAAGAGGAGAGCGCUGCGCGGGUUACGGGCCGCCGCUGGAAGCGAAGGCAGAAGGCAGCAGAUGGCCGGAGAAAGCGGGGAGAGAAAACGGCUCCCCAAGAGACCACUUCACGGCGGAGGAGCGGAAGAGAAAUUAACUGGGAAUUUGAGCGAAAGUGUAAAAACUCAGACCGGACUGAUGGCGCCUAAAGAGCGGCGAGGGAAGGAGAACAGUGCGGGUAAACCAAACCCUGCAGCGGGGAAGAUGAAGAUGGAGGACACGGCGGUGAGCGGAGCCGCCGAGCAGACGGACCUCAGUGUUUUCUUCGAUGAGGACAGUAACCACAUUUUUCCCGUGGAGCAAUUCUUUGGGAAUCUGGAUUCAGUUCAGGACUUCUCACGCAGAGCCACAGCCACAGAGGGCAUGAGCAGACGAGAGUACAGGAGACGUCAUUACUACGCCAAAGAGGACAGUGACGAGGAGCAGACAUAACAAACAAACACAGUGGCUGAGCAAAACUCUGAUGCAUCCACUGUACCAAUGUUUUCUUAAAAACAGUGUUCUACUAGGCCAUUAGAUGGCAGAAUCCUGUGGCACAGAGAAAAAGAUUUCAAAAGAACACCGGAGAGGUAAAAUCUCACUGGCAAGACUUCAAAGAAUAUUUUUAAGGGUUUUAUAUUGGGUUUAUAUAUUCACUAACACAGCCUGGGAAAAAGUUCCUCUUUAUAGCGCUCUGCUAUUUCUAUGAGAUACUUCUGUGUGAGCUCAGUUGUACCAGAACUGAGACUACAAAAAUGACUUCAGAUAAGGUUAUUUCAGGGAAGUACUCAUAAUGAAAUUAGAAUUUUUUUUUCCCCAGUUUUUAUCCAAAGUCUUUUAACAAAUCAGUGUAUCUGCAGUUCUAGCAGUUUACUAACAAAAAGUGACUCAAGGCCUUGACAGUGAACGUGUUGGAAAUACAUGACAUUGCAAAAGCAGAUUAGAAAACUCAACGCCUCGUUCCACUGUCUUUUGUAAAAGAAGUAAAUGUAUAUUUUUAAGGACAUUUAUUGCUAACGUGAGUAGUUUUGGGCAAACAAGGCAAAUAUAUCAACUGUUAUCACAUCAUGUGAUCUGUGUUUGUGCAGACAGACAGCUGUGUGACAAGGGAAACUUGCUGGAGGAGUUUUACACAGUCCAGCAAUUUUACACUCUGCAAUUAAUUUUUUUAUGCGUUCUGUGAAGACAUACAGGUUUUAACAUGGACAGGAGGUUGUUUUUACACAUUUUUACAGAAAGUGCCUCAGUCAGACAACUGCUAGUGUUGAAACUUAAAACAAUAAUGAAUACAUGAGGGUUUGUUUGUUUUUUAAUCCAAAGUGAGAUGUUCUUUUUUUUUUUUAUUGUUUCUGUUUCACAUGGUGCAUUUUUGAUUGAAAAGCUAAAUAAGAAAAGGAUGAACACUUGUCAUGGAGGCCUGAUGCCUCUUUUAUGUAAUGGACAAUAUAAUGCAGAUGGUUUAUUGCUUGGAUUUGUUUGGCCUAAUGACACCUUUUUAUCUGUUAGCCUCUCAAAGGUUUUGAUGUAUAUAGUAAGACUUGUAAAGGUUGAUCAUAUUACCAGCAUUAAUUAUAUUGGAAAUCUGCAAUUGAGAUCAUUUGUAUAGUUUUGUUUAAUGAAACAUUUGCACUAACUUUAUAUUCAAAGGCUUAACAUUAAUUUAUUUUAUAUUGGCAUGUCUGUAUAAAUUGUAAGACACAAAACAUUUAGCUAGGUUUGGUGUAUGACUACAGAUAUUUGUAUAUUUUUGUAUUAAAAUGAAAAGUGCUACUUUUGCUAACAAAUACUUUGUAAGAUGGUCAUAUUUAAAUGUUAAACAAUUGCUGUAUUAUUCUAUUUACACUUUGCAAAUACACAUUUUUGGCAAAGCUACAGUAACUCCAUCCAGACAAAAUAAACAUUUACAGAGUUCAAA